AUGGAUAAGUCAUGGAUUACUAAGCCACAAUCAUCGAUUGCAUAUCAACAAGGGAUGAAAGAAUUUAUUGAUUUUGCAUUUAAAGGUGCAAAAGAAAACGGCGUAGUAAUAUGCCCUUGCAAACACUACGGUUUCAAAAAAUCAAAGAGUAUGAGUGACAUGUUCGACCACUUAAUGUGGUCACCAUUUCCGCAGGGAUACACCAUGUGGAUUCAUCAUAGAGAGUCCUUUGUUGUACCUAGUAUUAUCUCCCCUAGUACUACUCAAAAUAUGGUUGAAGAUACUAUCAUUUUCGAAGAUCCUAUUCAUAACAUGAUCAAUGAUGCAUUUGGAGUUGAUAUGAAUCAUGCUAAUGAAAUACCAUCUGCGUCAAAUUUAGAGAUUGGCCAAGAAGAUUAUGUGAUGCUAAGUGCAACUCAGGAAAUAAACGAAGUCAAGGAGUACUAUGAAUUGACUAGAUAA